AUGCUCACGGUCAUUCUGUUGCCGUGGACAUGGUAUCUUAUGCGUUGCCUUCUCUUUCCGAGGCCGCCCCCGGAGCUGGACUUCGAAACUGGUGGUCUUAAAAGCGAGGACAGCAGGGUGAAGCUCUGCGGAACCUCCCUCAUGCAGGCUCGCCGACACAACGCGCAGCAGAUUGCCAAGCGGCGGAGGUUUCGUGGCAUCAUCAAGGUGCAGCUGGUCGGCGCAGCGAUGGGAUGGGCGUUGCUCUUCUGGGUGCUCUGGGAGAUGAAGGGCUCGCCUACCGAGCUGCGAACUUUCGACCCUUACGACAUCCUGGGGGUCCAGCGUGGAGCAGAGCUGCGAGAGAUCAAGAAGGCCUACCACACGAAGUCUCUGCAGCAUCAUCCAGACAAGGACAAAGACAAUCCCUUGGCGCCGGUUCUGUUCCAGCAGGUCUCAAAGGCAUAUGCAGCCCUGACAGAUGAUGCUGCGCGGAAGAACUACGAGAAUCGCUUUCCCGGCCCUGUGACCAAAUUCAACCGUGAAGCCAUAGAUCCCGGGCUAGCGAUCGACGAACGCUGUCGUACUUCACUUGGCCAGGGUGCCAUGCUCGCUCUUUCAGCGGUCGGUGUCUCUGUGACCGUUGUCGUUGGCCUCUUGGCAAUUGCAUUGCAAAUGAAUCUGGACAGGCCUUUCUCGGCACCACUGGUCUCAACACUUGUUCCACUGGGGGUGAAGAGGAACUCGAAGAAACCGAUUGUCGGCGACCGGAUGUUGGUCACAGACCUUGAACAGCUCGUGGUCGUGAUGACCGGCACAGGCACACCAGUUGCAGACCCUGAUCGCGCAGCACAGGGGAUAUCAGUCUUUGCAGGCGGAGAGUAUUUGCUCUUCGAUACAGGUCCUGGCGUGGCAGAGAACAUGGCUGCACAGGGCAUGCCGAGGGGUGCUCUGACCCAUGUCUUCUUCACCCACUACCACUCCGACCACAUCGGCGAUUUCGGCGAAGUGAUGACCACAUCCUGGAUUUUUGGGAGAACUCAAACCUUGCAAACCCAUGGACCGGAAGGCCUGAAAAGGGUCGUGGGUGGAUUUGCUCAGGCCUACGGUCCUGACAUGGUCUACCGUCGAGCACACCACACUGCAGCAGUGAUGCCCACGGAUAAUUGGAUGCCGAGCAUGAACGAGUUCACCUUACCGGAUGCUGAGAUGAACAUGACAGCAUCUGAUCCGGCGCCCUUGUUUAAUGUGUACUCGAAGGGGGACUUGAAGGUCCAGGCCUUUCGUGCACAUCAUGAGCCUGUCGUUCCCGCAGUGGGCUACAAGGUGUCAUACAAAGGCCGCUCGGUGGUUAUUGGAGGUGAUUCCGUCAUGACCAAAGGACACAAGGAUGCUUGCCGGGAUGUGGAUGUUUGUAUUCUGGAUGCGAUCCACCACAAAGUCAUUGAAAUGACAGCGGAGACAUUUAAAAGCAUGGACCUAUCAGAGGAGGAAGGAGCUUCUGAAUACAGUCGCGUCUCGAAGAUGCUUCUGGACACUAUCGACUACCACUCGGCCCCCUGGGACCUUGUUGAGUUGGCAAAGGAAUCGAGGCCCUCUCUGGUAAUCCCCAUACACAUGGUACCUUCACCCACCAAUCCACUCAUGAAGCGGCUGUUGACCACCUACUACCGGGAACCGAUCGAGCGGGUGUCAGGGAAGCGCAACACUGAAAUCAAGUUCGGGGAAGAUGGCAUGGCAUUGAUCUUGCCGGCAAACAGUCAAGAGAUCCAGGAAAAGCGAUAUUGA